UGUACACUCGUGCGUUGUUGAGAACUGUCAACAUCACUGAGACAACAUUCACAAGACUACUAACAAUACUUUUGGAGCCUUCGCUAAUCUUUUUACGCACCAUCUUUUCAUUAUCCUUGGAAACUACAACAUCAGCCAAUAUGAAGGUUGUCGGACCUACCUGCGCACUGAAGAGCAAGGUUGGAGGCAAGGACAUGGUGCGGUGCCUAUCCGACCAGAGCCUUUCCAUCUCCAAAUGUAAGAUCCCGCUGCUGGACGAGCAGAUGACCGUGUUUCUGCAGGACAUGAACAGCUGUUAUAGCAAGCUGAAGGAGCUGGUCCCCACUCUGCCUACCAACAAGAAGGCCAGCAAGGUGGAGAUCCUCCAACACGUCAUUGACUACAUAUGGGACCUGCAGGUCGAACUGGACGAGCCGGAAAAGAGCCGUCAGCAGAUCAACGUGUCCCGCACCCCUCUGACCACCCUGAACGCAGAGCUGGCCAGCAUCACUGUCGAGAAUGGAUGCUCGGAUGACAGAAUCAUGUGCCGCUAGAGCUCUCGGAGUAUCGCACCAUCAUUCCAGAGCGACCACCACGAUGAAUGAACAAGGUUACAUUAUGUGACAUUUGAUCACUACCAAACCUUGAGCCAAGUAGGGAAGUUGCAAACUCCCAUGCUAGAAAAUACUUUCGAUGGACAUUCUCAAGAAGCGAGGAACUGUCACUCAAGGCAUUCGAUCCAUUUCGAGAUCUCGGAUCUCAUAGAGACGAUUGGGUCCGAAUAGACUGUGUUAGCCAGGGGACCAUGGCAGUUACUGCAAACAGCUUCGCCUGUUGUGUAGUUGCUCAAGAAAGUUUCUUGUGAAACAUGUAGAAAUUCAACAUUUUAUAAAGAAAAGUAAUUAAUUUUCUCAGAUUCCUGAGCGACAAACUGUAUUGUAUAUUACAAUGUCACACUAUGUGAAAAAAAUAGUUUAUUUUUUUUAUACAAUGUACCUUAAAUGGUGUUUUUAUUAAAACAAGACAAUUCUUUUUAAACAUG